ACGUGCUGCUUCCAUAGAAACAAAACUGCACACUUUAGCUCGAGCUGUCACUGAGGUAUAAAAUAACGGAGCUGUCGGGCGGUGUUUGUGGGAUUGCAGGGGAAAGAGCCACGGAACACGCUAUCCCCCCCUUCAAAGACAUGAAACGGCUGUGCAUAUGUGAGAUCUGCAGCUGUGGACGCCAUCGCUGCCCCCACCGACCCACAGCUCUGUAUGGAAAGCCCAAUAUGACAUGUGUCCUGACAGAGUACACAGAGAAGUACCCCGCCUAUGGAGGAUACAACCCGCCCCAGGGCCUGAAACCCAAGCCUGUUAACCACGGUGACCGGGGGAGAAUGGAUGGAACUACUACAUUCAAGACUGACUUUAUUCCCUACGUGGUGACUCGACGACCGGGGAAACAGCAGGCGGAGUACAAACCCAAACCUGGAGACAUAGAUCUGGGGACCACCUACAAACAGGACUACAGCCUUUAUGAGGUCCAACCCUUCGCCCCUUCCAGACCCAGUGAGAGGGUAUACGCAACAGGGCACAAAAUGGAUACAGUGCCUACUUACAAAGAGGAUUUCCGACAGUGGGAGAUGUGCAAGCGGGAGCUGAAGAAACCCGACCUGACCUACCACCCGCCAGACGCCAAGUUCGACGGCCACACCACCUUCCAGGACGACUUCCUCCCCCGAGGCCUUGCCCCCAGACAGAGCUUCAAACCCUCCAGUAUCCCCAAAAUGUCCGAUACCCCCUUCGAUGGGGUGACCAGUAACCAGCAGUGCUAUGUGUCCCACCCUCUGGAGGCACGCUGGGUGACGGUUCCAGAGCCCUAUAAACCCAGUAGCCAGCCCCUUCAAGACCUCACCACCAACCGAAGAGACUAUCAGGGCCUGCAAGGACAGCUGCCCCAGAGCUAUAAGCCUAACCCUGGAAAGGUGACGUCUGACGUUCCCUUUCAGAGCAGCACAGAGUUUAAGGAGCAUUUCCAGCAGUGGCCCGUGUCCCUGCCUCAGCUGCACAAGAGCCUGCAGUACGUCAGCCCCACAGAGCACAUGGAUAUGAGCACCACGUCUGGUGCAGACUACGUCCAACACAACAUCCAGCCCUUCAUCUCUGCCAAGCCCUUCAAUCGGCCCACCAAGUCAUCAGCUCCCUUCCAGGUCUGCACCACCAUGAGGGACGACUACCAGCCUUGGGAGGUCAAGAGACAGGCCAUGAUCAAGAAGCCUGAGGAGAUGCAGAGAGCCACCGGACGGAUGGACCACCUCACCACCUUCAAGGCCCAUUUUACACCCCACGAACUGCAGCCCAAUGUGAGCUUCAAGCCAGCUCACGCCCCCAUGAGGGCUGAUGCCCCAUUGGAGGGCGGCACCAUGUACAGCACAGAGUUCACCCCCAAGAGGAUUAGCGUUUGUCCAGCUAGCUACGACUCCCCGCCGGGCUUCGUGUUUGAGGACAGCGACGACAGGGGACAUAGGUUCUACAGGAAGUUGCCAUCUAAGGACAUGAACAAGAUGGCCGCCGGCAUGGCGGUUGCUGUGGUGUCAUAACGUAUGACCAUGAUAUUUGGUGACCAAUGCUUUUAAUCUUAAAAAGAGCGUGUGAAGGCAAAACUACUUUUGUUUGGUCUGUUAUGUUUUUCAUUUUAUUUUCCUACUACCUGUAUAGUAAUUGAUAGUAAGUAUCAAUGAUGUGAUAAUCAAAAUGGAACCAACAAUUAUGAACAAGUCACAAACAGGCCAUUAUAAAAUAAACUUCCCUGUAUUCUGGUUGAUGGUUUCGAUUGAAUAGUUGCUAAUCUUUGUUUUACAAAUUUGCAAAUCAUUAGUAAUUAAAACAAGCACUUCAUUUCUUAAUCAAUUAAUUAUCCUUGUGUAUCCAUGUGCCAAAUGCUGCAUAAAGUCACCACAGUCACACAUUUAUUGAAAUUCACAAACAUAAUGCAGAACUUUCAGGGGAAAUUUUCAUAGUCCAAAAUAAUUGUUCAAAGUGCAAAAGACAUACCGAAAACUUCAUUAUAAUCUUGCAGUGUGAUUUAAUUUGAAGGGGGCGAUUUUUAAACUAGAGUUUAGAAAAAGCUAUAGAAGAAUAGUGGCCUCUUUAUAAUGCACAUUGUUGGAAAAAAGUUUCAUAUAAAAUCACACUGACAGAUCGAGUCUUAUGGUAAUUUUUGCUCAAUGCUUUUAAUCUAGGAACAUGUCUCCCUCUGUGUGUUAUAAUGAGUAUUACCAAACAAAAUGUCAGGUGAUCAAACUGUCUUUAUUAUCUUAGUAUGUUGUCUUUCUAGAGCACUUAAAUGUUUUGUUCCAUAAACAUCUUCAUGAUGUUCCUUCAAUCCAGUUAGGAUUCUACAAACGGUAUCCAUGUCAACACCCAAUGUUAUGGUAACGUUAUCGAUAUGUUGUCGUAAAUAUCAGUAGCAUUGAUUAUUGUCAGUAUGCAUUUGUUUGAGUGAGUGGCACUUGAUAAUGUAUCUGCAAAACACAUGACAUGUCUCUACAAAUCAUUGGUGAUUGCAGGUAAAUGCAUGAGAAUAAAACCAGAAGGGAAAGGUAUUAAACAUACCUGUGACCCAACAACA